CGCGGGGAGGCGGCCCGGCGGCGAGCUGGCUUCCUCCGGGCCAGUCGCGGGAGCUUAUUUAAUGAAAAGUGCCAUAGACUGAAAAACCAAACAUGAGAGUGGCAGGUGCUGCAAAGUUGGUGGUAGCUGUGGCAGUAUUUUUACUGACAUUUUAUGUUAUAUCUCAAGUAUUUGAAAUAAAAAUGGAUGCAAGUUUAGGAAAUCUAUUUGCAAGGUCAGCAUUGGACACAGCUGCACGUCCUACAAAGCCUCCCAGAUAUAAAUGUGGAAUUACAAAAGCUUGCCCUGAGAAGCAUUUUGCUUUUAAAAUGGCAAGUGGAGCAGCCAAUGUUGUGGGACCCAAAAUCUGCUUGGAAGACAAUGUUUUAAUGAGCGGCGUUAAGAAUAACGUUGGAAGAGGGAUCAAUGUAGCCUUGGUGAACGGAAAAACAGGAGAAGUAUUAGACACUAAAUAUUUUGACAUGUGGGGAGGAGAUGUGGCACCAUUUAUUGAGUUUCUGAAGUCCAUACAAGAUGGAACAAUAGUCCUAAUGGGAACAUAUGAUGAUGGAGCAACCAAGCUCAAUGAUGAGGCACGGCGACUCAUUGCUGAGCUGGGGAGCACAUCUAUAACUAAUCUUGGUUUUAGAGACAACUGGGUCUUCUGUGGUGGGAAAGGCAUUAAGACAAAAAGCCCUUUUGAACAGUAUAUAAAGAACAAUAAGGACACAAACAAAUAUGAAGGAUGGCCUGAGGUUGUAGAGAUGGAAGGCUGUAUCCCCCAGAAGCAAGACUAACGUGGAGAAAAUUGAAGCGCACUUUCACUAUUAACGGGAGAACUAUGAAGAGAGUUGGCGUGUAAAUAUUUUAAGAGCAUGCAACCAUCUCGGUGUAUGCAUGAGCAUUAUCUCUUUGAUAUCAGGAUUAUUUAUUGCUAACGUACAUAGUUAUCUUUGUAAAUAGCUAUAAUGAGCAAAUCACUGAACCAUUUCUAAGCACAUUUCCCUAGUACUACAAGUUUAGAUUGCUCUGGUAACGUUGCCUUGUAAUUCUAAAAGUAUACUCAAUGUAUGAUUGAAAAGAUUGUGAAAAAUGUAUUGAUAUAUAUAUAUAUACACAUACAUAUAUAUACAUACAUGUAUACUGGUUGCUGUGAGAAUCUGUCAUGAAAUAAUAAGGAUUUUAGGGGGGAGACUGUUUCUGGCCUUUGAUAAUAGUGUCUUUAAAUUAAAGAGAUACUUGGCUAGUUUUGUGUAUAAUGUUACUUCACAGUCUUACUCUCCCCCAUACCCCUUUUCUUAGUUUUUCUUUUCUUUUCCCAAGAAACCUAGAAAUAAAAUGAUAGGAAAACGUGUAUCAGAUAUGCAAAAAGCACAACAAAAUUCUUUUUUUAAUGUACACGGUAAAAAUUAAAUAUGUAGAGAUCAAUGUUAUUCAGGAUGAUAACUUGCUGGAUUUUGUGUUUUUAUAAGCUAUUUAGAGUGAGGCUGGAGACUCCACAGAGCUGGGGAACUAGGCAAGUCUCUUCCAAUAUCAGGUCAUUCAGGACAGCCUUGUCAGUAAAUCCAGAGCAAUACUGACAUAUACUUUGCUUAUUUAAAUGUUAUUAGCAAUGACCAUGGAGUUUUGAAGGAGGCACGCUUUAAUAUCACAAUAAAUUUGAUCUGUAAACCAAAAAAUUCUGUAUUUCAUUUAACUUCAUAGAAUCAAUUUUUGCCCAAAGAUAUGAUGACAUAUUUAGAAAAGCCCUAAUUAUUGAGUGGACUUAGGGCAUUAAAAAAUAAGUUUAAUUCACCCAAAUGACUUUCAACACAAUUUUACAUAAAAAUAUAGAAGCAUUAACAUUCUUAUUAAAUGCAGAUAUUUGCUAUUUUUUUUCAGGGCAUUAAAUUACCUAUUUAAUUUCUUAAACGUAAGUAAAUUCAAUGACCUAACUGCCAUUCACAAUAAAAGGCAGCACUUAAAUUUUGAAUCUAAAUUUUAAAUGACUUGUAUAAAAAAAUCUUAAAGCAGUAUUUUUAAUUUUGUGGUAAACCAAGAUGGAAGCUAUUCAACUGUUUCUUAAAUAUUAGUGAACUUUGGGUACUAUUUCUUCUGUCAAACUGAAUGUAAUUCAUGGAUAAUGCACCUAAUACAUUUAAACAGUUUUUGUAAACUUCAGAUUUUGGUGCUUACUAAAUCACAUUCUCAGCAUGUGUAUUUUGGCAUUUAAAAUGCUUCCCUCAAUUCUGUAAAUUAAAAGAAUAAUUUUACAGUUCCAGGGAUUGUGAAAUACUGCAUUUGCAAAAAAUAAUAAUGACAAUAAAUACUCUGUUUUGCAUUGUGAUUUUUUUUUUUUGUGUUAUCUGGCAAAGGAACGUAAUACAGAACUUCAUAUUGAGGUUUGUCAAGCAUUUGUUGUGCUGCCUAACAUGAGAAAUUUGUCAUUUCUGUUGUUAAACACUAACUUCUUCAGGAUAUGUCUGAACAUGUGUAGAAGUUAAGACAGCAGGACCUCCCUUUUUCAAGAUAAAAGCUGUAAAAUGAUGACUUUGUAAAGGUGUAUAAAAUGUCAAAAGAAGGGAUAAAAGUUCUUAUGUAACUGCUUUCGUGCAUUUUGCUUUUGUUUCAGUUCUGUUUUGUAUAGAUUGUGCCAACUUUGGAAGCAAUAAUUUUACUACAUUUCAUUUUCAGAUAUCUUCUAAAAAUCAGCGUUGUAAAGGAAUCAAAUCUUUAAUAUUAAGAAUUUUCUUUAUUAAAAUCAAAAGCUUGGCAUUGACACUUUGGUAUUUUAAUUGGUGUUUAAGGAUGUAUGAAUGAGUAUUUUUAAUUUGUAAUCAUGGAUGCUUUCCCAGAGCAAGUGUAUUGUGAUAUGCCUGUUAAGAGUAAACGAAGACAGGAAAAUAUGUGAUAUUUGGGUAAUUAAAGAAAAUGUGGACUAGAGUCUUUAUAUUCCUGACUUUAAUUUGAUUAAAAUUUAUCAUUAUUUCUGUAUUUUG